AUGGUUUAUGGUGGGAAACCCAGCACCGGGUGCCAGACCUGCCGGCAGAGGCAUAUCAAGUGCGAUGAAACCCGUCCUCACUGCAGGGCGUGUACCCGAACAGGCCGCGCCUGCCCAGGAUACCCACACCCCCUUGAUGUCAUGCUGCGAGAUCGAAUAGCCUUCCAGCGGAAGAAAAGAGAUGUUUAUACGAGCAAGCACUCGGUGUCUGCAACGAAGGAUAAGGCGGAUUCGGAAGACCCUUCGCCACCACCUACCAACCCAGACACGGCCAUUUUACUUAUCAACUCGACAUCAGGCUCUCCUAGCUCAUCUCUCGUAUAUGCAACUCCACCAUCUCAGCUGCCGGGUAGUCUGUCUCUGCCCGUAGAGGAUACUGUGGCAUCGCUGUUCUUUAAUUCAUAUUUAUUCUUACCAAAGGACCCGCUAAUUCGGCUAGGAUAUAUGGAGCUUUUACCAAAAUCUUACUUUGAUGCCCCUUCUGAUUCACAUCUACGUCUCGCUGUGUUAGCCGUGGCAUAUUUUUCUGUAGCUGCUUGGACGGGGCAGCGAUCUUUACUCGGCUCAGCGGAGCAGGCCUUUAUGAAAACUGUCUCCAAAACUAGACUAGCCCUACAGGGUGACACCGAGCAAGGCUUGGACGAGCUUCUCAUGACGAUCCUUUUACUUUCUACGUUCGAGGAAUUUAAUGCUCUUAAAGAGAACAGGGUGACCAAUAAAGCCCAUCUACAAGGAGCCAUUGCCCUGGUCAACAGCAAGCGUUUAGGACAGCGAGAAUCGCCAAAUUCUCAAACGCUAACCAUGGCAGUUCAAGCGCAAGUUACUAGAACCUCUCUGGGGUUGUCCUACCCGAUGGUCCAAACGCCGAAGAUAUGGCCGCUUCCAAUCCCUCCAACGCAGACCGCAUCGGGUCAUUUAACAAUAGUCACAGCGGAGCUCGUGAAUCUGAGACAGGCAUGGGACCGCGUGUCAUUGAAAUCAGGUAGUUACGAUAGAGAAGAGAUACAAAACAUCCUGUCGAUGGCCAUGAGUCUUGACAGUAAACUUACAACCUGGGAACAUAUACUUCCACAACACUGGCAGCCCAUUCCUGCAACAAUUAUCCCUCAAUCAGUCCGAGAUGCUGGAAUGUUCUACAACCGAUGCGACUGCUACUUUGACCUCUGGAUAGCAUCCACCUGGAAUUUCUAUCGCGACUCGCAAAUUGUCAUCCAGAACAUCAUCCUCAACUGUCUGCGUCUCCUCCCUGAUGAGGGCACCCCCAAUGAAAUCCAGACCAAGAUAUCCGUUAUCCAAAAUCUCGCCUCGGAUAUAUGCGCCUCCGUGCCGUAUUUUCUGGGCAGCCAAACGACAUCGGUGAGGAUGAACCCAGACAGGGUCGAAUAUCCCGAAGCUGAGGGACGGCGGGUGACACUUGGCCAUCAGCAAACGGCACCGCUUCUCGGUGGCUGGUUCGUCAUCUCGUACUUGAUCAAUCUUUGGUCGCCUGAUCUGUGUCUAAGCGAUAUGCAGCGGGCCUGGAUCGAGCAGCAGAUGCUUCGAGUUUUACGUAUAUAUACUUUUGAUACUCUGCGACCGUGGGGAAGGGAGUCACUUUUAUGGAGUCCUUGA